GGACGCACGGCGGUCUCUCCUCUCCCGAGAGCACCUCGCGCGUAUAUAAUACCCGUUUUAGGAGGUCUUUUCUUGACCAAUACUUUUCUUGAGCCACCAUGAACGUUCUUACCAGCCCGGGCGGCGUCCUCGCCACUUACGAUUCCAGCAGUGUGGAUGUAUCAGUGUCGUCCUCGCCCGCCCAGCUCACCACCCGCAGGUCGGACGUGAGUUCUCAACGGGCUAUUUCAGGUGUCUUUCAACGGACUCGUAGCAUCUUGAAUAACUUCGUGAAGUUGCGUCCUAAAUUCGAUAUACCUGCUUCAGGCUCUUUUGGUCCCCUGACAAAAGCUACCACGUCAAGUGGCUCGCGAAUACCUUCGAGGCAAAGGUCCAAAUCGAGCGUUGUGACCUCGCAGACAUCAUCCACUCUCGGGGGAAGGUCCAGCACGAGCAGGUUAUCUGACUCUCGCUCAGGGGUGUCUUUAGACGAAAUGGAGCAAUUGACGAUGAACAUGAUCCAUGAUCAAAAUGCUUCCGGAAGUAUAUUUUAUGAGGCUCUUGACGAGCGGACUGCGAUGGACAGCUCAUCGCAAGGCUAUGGCGAAUGCUUUACCAAGACGCAAGCCGCACCCAUGGUAGCAAACCCCUCAUCUCCCAACACGCUCGUUGAUUCGUCACUUGUAAUGAAGACUGGCCCGUCGGUUCAAAGCCUGUCUCCCGUGAUUGAGCAGUCUGAGACCUUUAGUGAUAUGUCUCUGCUUGAAGCACCGAGCGCAGCCACUAGCGCGCUGGGUCGUGGUACUGCUUAUGUGACUGCACUAGAAACUCAGAGUGAUCCUGAAGACUCAUUGUCCAUUUGCCCUGCACUCGCCCUCGAUCGGCAUACCCAACCCAUAUCCUUCUCCGCUCUGGAUUUGCAAAGCGAGUCAGCACUUCCUGCCAUCACCUACACUCUUCCUACACCAGUCUGCUCCCAAGGACCGAUUCUUCCGACUCAAACUUCCUUCACCCCAUCAUCUUUCCUUGCUGCCGCCCACCGCGCUGCAUCCAUCAAUGCCGCAGCCUCGGCCACUCUGCCCAGCCCGCUUCCCAUCCCUUCACUUCCUCGCUGCUAUCACGCACUUCCAUCGGGAGCUCAAGAAGGCUCGCUAUGUGAAUCGUGCGAAAUGCAGAUGUUGGCAUGUAGGAUUUGGUAUCAAGCGUCGGACGCAGGCACGAGGGGGACGCUGAGGGAGCCAUUUAUCAGGCCCGGGGAGAGUACGAGGAUAAACAGGCUGGUCACAGAGGCGUUGGGGAUCGCCAUUACGGGGCCUGCGGAUCAUGCCCUAAGGAGCAACGGCGAUGGAAACUCGAAUCUGUUGGCGAAGAAGUCACGGAGACAUGGGAGCGUCGACGGCGAUCGUGAAGAGCAGAAAGUUAUGGAAGCAGCUCGCCCUGCGAUUUCACGUCGUUCGUCUCUCUCAGACGCGACGCGCAAACUCAUGUCGAGGGGAUCUGGAAGUGUGUUGAGGAGGAUGGGCAUGACUCGCUCGUCGUCGGAGGGGUCGCCUAGGAUCACAGGUGAUCCUAGCAAGGUUGAUACGCCCAAGCCUAAGUCUAGGAGAUGGAGCGAGAUUUUUGUUCCGAGGCAUUCUGGGCUUUGAAUUCGAGGAAUGUAGUCUGGUACUGCGUCCAUCUUUCGCUGCAUGCCCGAUGACUCACGGUAUCCCAUAUUUGUCACUGUACUUGUUUUGUAUCACAUAUGUUUUGUUGGAAUAUCUGUAGCAUGUUUUUCUUUGUAGACCGUAGACUGUCAGCUCUUUACCUGUCAUGAUGCAUUUCGUACUGUUGCCGCUUUGUAGCACUAGUUAUACUACUCUAUCAUCAUUCG